AUGGCCGCCGCGCACCCGGAGCUCCUGCACAGGUACCACCAUGGCCGUUUCGAGCUUGGCAUUGGGCAAUCCAUGGUGUUUAACAACAACGCCGCCAUUGCUGACCAUCAGAGCUAUGGCGCCGCGUACUAUCCCUUCUACGGAGCCCAAGCUCUGCACGGGAGGGUGCUCCUGCCGCCGGCGAUCGUCGCCGACGAGCCGGUGUACGUGAACGCCAAGCAGUUCAACGGCAUCCUCCGGCGGCGCCUGGCGCGCGCCAAGCUUAUGGCCGCCAGCAGGGACCGCCGGGUCUCCGGGAACCGCAAGCCAUACCUGCACGAGUCACGGCACCUGCACGCGCUGCGCCGGGCGCGGGGCACCGGCGGCCGCUUCCUCAACACUCGGAGCCUUGACGGCAACCCGCACAAGCCGCCGCCCGAGGGAAGCGCUGCCAGCACGGCGAAGGCGGCGGCGAGGCUGCAGCAGCAGGACCGGCAGGCGGACGCCUUGUUCCUCUCGUCGCUGGUGAACAUGGCGGGCGGUGACGGCGAAGGCGACAGCGGCGGCGGCGAGGCCACCAAGUGGCCCGGCAGCGCGCCGUCGCGGGGCUGCUGUGACCUGCUCAAGGCGUGA